UCAGACGGAUGGUCGGACGGGUCGGUUGGUCGCAUCGAUAGCUCCUCACGCGCGCAAUUUGUCAAACGUGAGCGUGUAUUCCAAUAGAAUAUUUUGUCGCCGCAGUUUGCCGCAGUUCGCCGCAGCCGUCAGUCGAUCGAUCGCGCACGCUUUUCAAUUUGCUGCCCGCAAAGUAAACAAUAAAGGAAAUUCUUUAAAUUAAAUAACUGUGCACGCUCAAUUGAAGUGAAUUGAAACUAAAUUUGAAAACAUAUAUAAGAAAAACAUGUUCAUUUAAAUUACAUGCAAAUAUAUAAAUAAAUUUCAAUAUAAUAGAGCAGUGCAUUUUAAUAUAGCCCAAGAGGCUCAUAAAAACAAGUUGCCCUCGCCGUGGGUGUGUGUGUGUAAGUGUAUUUGAGUGCGGCGCCAUCUAGCGGCCCAUAAAUAUGAAAAAUCCAAAUACAAAUAUCAUGGAAUGCAGCAAUGGCUUAAACAAUAACACCAACAACAACAACAACAACAAUACCAAGAGUAACAACAACAACAACAACAACAGCAGCAGCAACCUCUCAGCGUCCAAUAUCAACGGAAACGGAAAUGGCAAUGUUAGUGAGCUGCAGCUGCGCCCUCUGUCGGCCAAAACAGCGCUAACAACAUGUGCAACAGCCCAGCCCAAUAGCAACAGCAACAGCAGCAACAGCAACAACAAAUUGUGUGGCUCCGGCAUGUCGCCGCACUCGCCACCCCCGCAGCAGCCCACAAACAUGGCCACAAAUGGCCAUCAGUCGUAUCCGGCGAUAACGGCAACGUAUUGGCUGCCGCCACCAAAUCCGGCGCCAUAUUUAGUUCCAGAGCGCAAAAUUGGUGUUGGCUGUUGAUUAAAAAAU